GAUUUAUAUCAGAGUUAAAUAAUUGAAUCAAAAAUAUGUGGUCCUUCUUUUCAAGAGACCCCACCAAAGAUUUUUCAUAUGAGAUCGGUGAACCGGUUUCUAGUUUAGAUGAUAAGAGCAUCUGGACACUGCAUAGGGCUAAGAAAAAGGGUUCUACAGGAGGUGAAGAUGUUUCAGUGUUCGUAUUUGAAUGUAAGACAGGCAAUGAACAUCUUUUGAAUAUAGCUCGUUCAGCGGUUAAAAGAUUAAAAACACUUAGACAUCCAAGUAUACUUGCAUAUCUUGAUAGUUUUGAGACUAAUAAAGUAAUUUAUUUAGCAACUGAACGUGUAGAAACUUUAUAUAGUCGACUGAUAAGGAAAUCUGAUGGUGAUGAUGAAUCUAAAAGGGAACUAUAUUUUUCUUGGGGAAUAUUCCAAAUUACUAGAGCACUGAAUUUUCUAAAUAAUGAUGGUAACCUACGACACAACAAUGUUAACUUAUGGACUGUAUUUGUUAAUGAGGAAAGUGGAGAAUGGAAACUUGGUGGAGUUGAAUAUAUGACAGCAGUAGAUACUGUUUACAGCGUAUUACCAUCAACAUUCCAAGUAUAUUAUCCUCUUGAUAUUAAGGAAAAUGUAAAGCCAGCCACCAAAUGCUCAGUUGACAUGUGGGGACUUGGAUGCCUGAUCUGGGAAACAUAUAAUGGUCCACUAACUUCAAAUUCGCAACUUAAAGUCACUGAUAAAAUUCCAAAACAAUUGCAACUGAUAUAUAGAGAAUUGAUCAGUAGCAAUGAAGAAGGAAGACCGAAUCCUGCAGAUGUGAUAGCACGUUGCCGCAGUAAUGGUGGAUUUUUUAAAAAUGAUCUAGUAGAUGCGCUUUUAUUCCUAGAGGAAAUUCAAAUGAAAGAAAGGGGAGAAAAGGGGCGAUUUUUCUCACAACUUGCUGGUCAGUUGGAAUCAUUUCCGGAUGGCGUUGGCAGGUAUAAAAUUUUACCACAAUUAUUGGCUGCCUUUGAAUUUGGUGAUGCUGGAAGUGCAGUAUUACCUCCUCUAUUACAACUUGGUUGCCAACUACCCGACGUUGAAUAUCAACGAAGAGUUGUACCAUGUGUUGUCAAAUUAUUUGCAUCCAAUGAUAGGGCAACAAGAUUAAGAUUAUUGCAACAGCUAGAUCGAUUUGUUGAUCAUUUACAACCAGCAACAGUUAAUGAAGCUAUCUUUCCACAGGUAGCCAAAGGGUUUUUAGAUACAAAUGCUGCAAUUAGGGAACAAACAAUAAAAUCUGUUGUACAUUUAGCACCAAAAUUAGAUUAUAACAAUCUUAAUGUGGAAACAUUAAGGUAUUUUGCUAAACUUCAGUCGAAAGAUGAACAUGGCGGCAUACGUACUAAUACUACAGUCUGUUUAGGAAAAAUUGCUCAACAUCUUCAUCCUCAAAUUAGGCAAAAAGUGUUAAUUGGAGCAUUUAUUCGAGGUACACGAGAUUCCUUUCCACCGGCUAGAGCGGCGAGUAUUUUAGCAUUAGCUGCAACGCAGCAAUACUUUUUACUACAGGAAGUUGCAAAUCGUAUUUUACCAGCUCUGUGCCCACUCACUACAGAUGUGGAUAAGGGAGUAAGAGAUAACGCAUUCCGAACUAUCCGUGGAUUUCUAUCAAAACUAGAAAGAGUAUCGGAAAAUCCAGGAUUACGUGAAUCUAUGGAGGCUGAUGUAAAUACAGCUACACCAAGUCUUAGCAAUGCAGCCGCAACAUGGGCUGGCUGGGCUGUAACAGCAGUUACUGCCAAAUUUUAUCGCAGUCAAUCGGAUACACCUAAAUCAUCAAAUCCGCAUAACAUAUCUAGAAUUUUACUAAACAAACCCGCCUCGUUAGAGCAAGCUAGCAGUUCGCAAAGUAGUGCUAGUACAACUGCCACGACAAGUAGUGCUACAAGUAUGACGUCAUUAGACCAUGAUCAUGAACAUGAUUUACAGAAUGCUACAAACGCAAAUUCAGAUUGUGAUUGGGACUGGGAUGCUGACAAUUGGGGUGAUAUGGAAGAAGGACCUUCUAGUACAUCAGGACAUGGACUAAGUAAUAUUUCACCAUCUUGUCAUUCUCCUAAACCUAAUGAUCAGUGGACAAGCCUUGAAGAAGAACCAGAGGAAGAAGCAGCACAGGAUGUAGAAGAUAAGAAUGAUUCUUCUGAGGUAGGUUGGGAGGAUUCAGAAUUUCAGCCUCUGGAAGAUUUUCAACCAUUAGAACAUACACAAUCAGAAAAUGCUGAAAGUACUAAUACAAUUAAUGGAAACACUAAAUUAGAAGAAGCAAGAAGAAAGCGUGAGGAGCGUAAAUUAGCAAGACAAAGACAAAUGGAAGCAAAGAGAGCGAUAAAAUUACGAAAUAAUGUCGCUGCUAAAAAACUCUAAUUUAAAUACCAUAAUUUAAUGAUUGCGUUCAUGUAUUUAACAAAAACAAGAAUUAAAAAAUGAUGAAAGCGAAAAAAGUAUUUUUUCUAUUAAUAACUAGUUGAUAUUUGUUAAACAUUAAUUUUGAAUUGUUUUUCUAACAUUGUUUAUUGCAUUAUUAUAUAUUCUUAUAAAGUAUUAUACAUAUGUCCAGUAAAAUAUAAUUACAAAUCAAUACUUUUUUAACCUGUA